GAAGAAGAAUACAAUUUCCCGGUUAAUUUGUUAUAAACAACAACGAAUUGUGUUUUUUGUAUAUUCCGCUGUGAAGUUGCUACAUUAUUUUGCGAAAAAUAUACAUACAAUAGUUUUUAAAGCGUUACAAUGCUAUCUCGAAGUAAAUCUGAGUAUAAGGACUUAUCCAACAAAUUUCGGCUUACCACAUUCGAUUACCACAAACAAUACUCACACUUUUAUGCUCAUCGAUUAAGGGAAAUGACAUCGCUCCUUUUACCACUAGCGGAAGAACAUUGGAGCAACAAUUAUGCUGUAAAGAAACUUUGCGAUUUGCGUGAGGAGCAAACAGAAACUUGCAUUAUUAUUGGUACAAUUUACAAACAUCAAGCUCAUAAACCAAGUAUAUUACGUGAAAUUUCUGAGGAGAACCAACUCGCUCCGCAGCCACCUCGUGAACAUUAUGCAGACCUUGAAGAUAAGUUAAUUCUUGAGGAUGAACUUCAACGAGUGCGUUUGUAUGGUAAAGUAGAUGGUCGCUUUAUGUCAUCCGGUAUAGUUUGUGCUGUUUUGGGAAGCAUUGAGGAAGAUGGGAGAUUCGAUGUUGAAGAAAUACUAUAUUAUGAAGCCGGUCCCCAAAAGCCUUUGUCCAAUAAAGGCUAUAAUCGAAAACUGGUUCUUUUAUCCGGUAUUAAUUGUAUAGAAGCAGAUGACUAUAUCGACGAACUUAACUUAUUUCAACAUUGGUUAUGUGGUAACGUGUUUGGAAAACAAAAUUCCCAAAUAGUUCGCGUAAUUGUGGCUGGAAAUUCCGUUGGAAAGGCAACAGAAGAAUCUCAAACUGCAUCUUUGCAACCUCGCAACAACGAUAAUAAUGGAGCAGUAGAAGCAAUAUGUGCUCUUGACGGUUGGUUUGCUUCUUGGUCGAAAAGUGUAUCAAUUGACAUAAUGCCAGGAGCACUUGAUCCAGCCAACUUCAUGCUUCCUCAACAACCGUUCCAUCAAUUUAUGUUCCCCAAGGCUUCUAAGAGUACAUCUUUUCGAAGUGUUCCUAACCCGUAUGCUUUUUCAUUAGAUAAUACUCAAUUUGUGGGAUGUUCUGGACAGAAUAUAAAUGACUUACUUAGAUGUACAAUGAUCGAGAAGCCUUUAGAAGCGCUACGAAGUACUUUGAUUUGGGGGCAUUUAGCACCAACAGCACCGGACACCCUUGCGUGUUACCCAUAUGUUGACACAGAUCCUCUUAUUUUGCAAGAAUGUCCUCACGUGUAUUUCGCCGGAAAUUGUGACGUAUUUGAAACUGAUAUACAUAAAGGUUCAAAGAAACAAACUACAAGAUUAAUCUGUGUACCGAACUUUUCGAAAACACAAAGCAUUGCUGUAGUCGACUUGGAUACUAUGGAUUGCAAAGAAAUAAAAUUUAAGACAAAUAAAUAAUAAAGUUAAUCAACAAAGUAAUUUAUUGAUUAUCAAAAUAUGAAAAUAAUAAAAGAUUUAUUAUUUAAUUGGGA